AAACGGUAAGUUUGCCAUGGCGAUAUUAUGCUACUAAUGAAAAAAAUAUUAAGUGUCCGAUAUCGUCUAUGUUACCCAAUUUACUAUUAUUUAAUUAAUUACUAACAUUCUCUAUGAUGUAAGUAGUGACUUAAAAGUUCCAUAUGAAUCAAAUUAGCGUUAUCUAGUAACAUCAUCAUCAUAUGUAUAUUUGCGUAGAAUUGAACGAUAUCAUUAUAGCGAUAGUAUAUUUAUGAAAUUCCUCAUUUUACGUCUCCGUUUCAGAUGGGUGAGCGUGUCCUAGGCCGUCUGCAGUUAGCAUCCGAUGUGAUGGCAUCAGAUAUUAUGAAGGGACGCGAUAACGGUCUGCCAUCAUAUAACCGAUACAGGGAACUAUGUAAACUGCCAGUAGCACAUGAUUUUGAAGACCUCUAUCAUUGGCUGCCUCGUGAUGUCAGUAUAUGAACAACAUCUCAUUGUCGUUAAAUAUUUAAUAGUUGAAGGCAUAGAAGGUUUAUUAAAAUAUGUUACAGCGUCUUAUUCAAAUUUGUUACAGCAAGUAGAAUCGCUACAAAUGUUAUACGAGGAUAUAGAUGACGUAGAAUUAAUGGCUGGUAUCCUGUCUGAAGAACCUAUGGGCGAUGGUGUGGUGGGUGAGACUCACACUUGUAUCAUAGUGGAUCAGCUGCUAAGGUGGAGACGUGCUGAUAGAUUCUGGUAUGAAAACACGGUGCACCCCGGGGCAUUUACACCGGGUAAGUGUUUAAUUAAGCUUUGA